GCUCUACUGACCCACGUGAAUUCCCGAAUCAAAUCUCUCAAACAGUACACGGUGCGGUGUGCAAACAUCUGAUCUCCGCAUUGGCAUUGGUUUCUGUGUUUAGACUGUUAGUGGUUACCGUCAAAUGAAACUGCCAAACAGUACACUUUUAACUCAUAAUGGAUGAUUCUUGGAAAACUACAUGUCCCCUGGAUAAGGGUCAAGUAACGAAGGCUGUGAAAGCCUUGAAAGAAUACAUCGCUAAAGCACAAAAAAAGGAAAAUGAAAAAGCUUUACUUGAGGAACAUAAUUGCAUACAGCUCCAAGUUACGCUGCACAAAAUUCCUGCUGUAAAAGAAAAGUCUGUAUAUAUAAAGUUGCCCCAUGAAUUAUAUAAAGACUCUGAAAUAUGUCUUUUCACACCUGAUUUCGAUGAGGAUGAUGCUGAAAAAUCGGAAGAGUAUUAUAAAAAUCUUCUAAAUGAAAAAGGAAUAUCUGCAAUUACAAAGUUUAUGCCCAUACGUCAAGUGAGAUUGGAUUACAGACAGUAUGAAUCGAGAAGAAAAUUGGUGGAUAUGUACGACCUAUUUCUUUGUGAUAAAUCUAUAUCUCAUCGUUUACCAAAAUUACUAGGGAAAUAUUUGUUUGAAAAACGAAAACAUCCGUGGCCCGUUGAUAUAGAAUGUGAUGAUCUUCGCAAGGAGAUUUCCGAUGUCAUUGGAAACACUAGAUGGUUUAUGUCUGGUAAUGGAUCAUCGAGCAUUAUGACAGCGGGGAAAAUGACUUUCUCAGUGUCACAAAUUGUUGAUAAUAUUAUGGCGUGUGCAGUUGAAGUUGCCAAAAGCGCUCCGAGGGGUUGGAAUAAUGUUUGCUCGUUGAAUAUUAAAACUGAUAAUUCUCUCGGACUUCCAGUGUAUUACAAUGAUAAUCAUGAAGAUAUCCGUGAUAUGGACAUGGGCGAGUUGGAGUAUCUGCGUGACUGUAAAAGGAGAAGAGAACAGAAAAAAGCAAUGUGGAAUAUGGUUGGUUUGGGAUCACGAAAUAAGUCUAAAAAAUUAAGGAUAUCUAGUGGAAAAAGAAAGAUCAAGUUGAAGAAAACGAAAGAAAAAAAAUAAUGUUUACCAAAUAGUUCUUCAUUUAUUGUCUCUGGCGACUGGAAUCGGCCGCGAUUGAGAUCAUAGAUGAAAUAAAUAUGGUCUUCUCUAAUCAAAUUUGUACAAUUGACAAAGAAUUUCAACGUGAGAGAAAAUUUCAGAAUUCGACAAAUGCUCUGUUCCAUUUUGUUUAUACAUGGCACAAUUAUCCAUAUAAUAAUACAAACAUACUGUAUACCUA